ACUCUGGACUUAAUUGACUCUAGACAGACAGAUUAAACUAAGAAGAGGAUAAAUAUUCGUCUGAUCUCGGUAACCUGUUCAUUGUCUGAUUACUGAGAGAAACAGAAUAAAGAAAGAAAACGAUGCCUCUGUUGAGCUCAAUUUCUGUGUCCGAGAGCCUUUUGGCCAUCAUCACAGUAUGUUUGGUGUAUCUUCUCAUGCGCCUCAUGCGUACUAAGAUCCCAGAAGGGCUUCAGAAGCUGCCAGGACCAAAGCCUCUUCCCAUCAUCGGAAAUGUCCUGAAAAUGGGAAACAACCCACAUUUGAGCCUGACUGCCAUGAGUAAGGACUACGGCCCUGUCUUCCAGAUCCAGAUCGGCAUGCGUCCCGUAGUGGUGCUCAGUGGAAAAGAUGUGAUCCAUCAAGCCCUCCUCAAACAGGGUGAAGAGUUCGCUGGACGUCCGGAUCUAUACAGCUUGAGGUUCAUCAGUAACGGCAAGAGCCUGGCCUUCAGCACGGAUCAGGUGGGAGUCUGGCGCACCCGGCGCAAGCUGGCCAUAAGCGCACUACGAACAUUUUCAACGGUGCGAGGCAAAAGCUCAGAGUAUUCAUGCGCUCUUGAGGAGCACAUCAGCAAGGAAGGUCUUUAUUUGAUUGAAAGGCUUCACAAAGUCAUGAAGGCAGACGGGUGCUUUGAUCCUUUCCGCCAUAUCGUAGUGUCAGUGGCCAAUGUGAUCUGUGGAAUAUGCUUCGGCCGCCGCUACAGCCACGACGAUGACGAGCUGCUGAGUUUGGUCAACCUGAGCGAUGAGUUUGUGAAGAUCGUGGGUAGCGGCAACCCUUUGGAUUUCAUCCCUUUCCUGCGCAUCCUGCCCAACAAAAUGAUGAGGAAGUUCCUGGACCUCAAUGCUCAAUUCGACAAGUUUGUGAACAAGAUCGUCAUAGACCAUUAUGACACCUUCGACAAGGACAACAUCCGUGACAUCACCGACUCACUCAUUAACCAUUGCGAAGACCGGAAACUGGAUGCGAACUCCAAUGUUCAAGUGUCUGAUGAGAAGGUUGUUGGAAUUGUCAAUGACCUCUUCGGAGCUGGUUUUGACACUAUCAGUACUGCUCUGUCUUGGGCUAUUGUCUAUCUAGUUAACUACCCUGAGAUCCAGGAACGACUGCAAAGAGAGCUGAAUGAAAAGAUCGGAAUGGACCGUACGCCACAUUUGUCAGACAGAACAAAUCUGCCACUUCUUGAGGCCUUCAUUCUGGAGAUGUUCCGUCAUUCAUCGUUCCUUCCAUUCACCAUUCCUCAUUGUACAUCUAAGGACACAUCACUUAAUGGAUAUUUCAUUCCCAAAGACACCUGUGUGUUUGUAAACCAGUGGCAAGUCAACCAUGACCCAGAGCUGUGGAAGGAUCCGUCGUGCUUCAACCUGGACCGAUUCCUCACCGCGGAUGGUACAGACCUGAACAAAACGGAAGGAGAAAAGGUGCUGGUUUUCGGCCUGGGGAAGCGACGCUGCCUCGGAGAGUCCAUCGGACGUGCCGAGGUCUUCCUGUUCCUGGCCAUCCUUCUUCAGAGGUUGAAGUUCAGUGGAAUGCCAGGAGAAACGCUGGAUAUGACACCAGAGUAUGGGCUUACCAUGAAGCACAAGCGAUGUCUGCUGCGUGUUACGCCGCAGACCGGCUUCGAAUUCCCCAGCACCACGUUGUGAUAUGAAUCCAUUCUGAGGUGAAAAGCUUGCCAUUGGCUUGCAAUGCCAAAUAUUGCUGACUCUGUUUGACUGUGAAGCAGGUCAAAGCAUCUGAUGCAUUUAAUUCUUGUAAAUAUUUACUGUAGUUUAUUAUUUCAACCAUGCUGAACAGCUAAGCAUAUAACCCAGAGUCUGCAAUGUGUCUUUAUCACCUUUAUCAUGUUCAUACAUCUAUGUUUUCAUAUGCACAUGCAUGUUUGCAUGGGUUCUUCCUUUCAAAACUUCAAUGCUGAUGCUAAUAACAUAUUUUUGCUUCCAAACAUAUAGUAGUCAACAUUUGAAGUGGAUCAAAACCUUUUAUUAAAGUUGUCCUAAAACCUAAACAAUAACUAACUUUAAUUAACUUUUCUGAUCGACUUUAAAUGUUGACUACUGUAGUUUAUCACUGUAUCAGCACAUUUAUCAAGGUGUUUCUCGACAUUCAAUAUCAUUCUAGAUCAGUUUUUUUUUUUUUUUACCUGAAUAAUGUUUUUGUUGUUUAAUUCUCUUCAUGACCUGAUUCUCUCAUUAAGCAGGUGCUUAAUGUCUAAAGUACUACAAUUAAUAGGUCCUGCAAAUGUGGUCUCGUAUCAGCUCUCUCAGCAGGGACAUUGUUUUUGUAUAUAUAUGACUGCUUAAUGAAUAACUUAACUUUCAUUGUGACUAUUUGUAUAUGAUUACACAUCAUAUACACAUCUAAAAAUCAAGACUUUAAUCACAGAUUGAUUGAUUUAAACUGGGGAAAAACUACAUGACUACCUGAAACAAUGUGUUAUGUUAGUGUUACUAAUAAAUGUCACAGUAUUGUGUCUUGAUUUUUUUUUUUAAAGAUGUUCUUUUUGGCAAUAUUGCCAGAGUAGACAAAUUUCACUAUGUCUUUUCAGUUUAACUGCCUUUAGUUAUAACAUUUAUAGCAUUUCUAGCAUUUCAUUCAUUUUUUUUUUAUUUUUCUUUUUUUAAAUAUUCAUUAUUUUGAUGUAUGCCUAAACUCACAUAUUAAAAACAAAUAGGUUCUGAGUAAUAAAGCUAGUUCCAGAGUUACCGGUUAGAACUAAAUAAAACAUUACUGCCCUAUGGAUUUAAAAGCAAAAGUCAUUAAAAAUGCUAUUUGUUCAUUUACAUUUUCAUAUUUCAGAAAUAUUCAAGGCACUGUAUUUUCCUCAUUCAUUUGACACAAAACGAAUUAAACUGUAUGUAUGAUAUUA